AUGGGUGGUGGUCAUGCUGCAGCUACGCUGAAAGCCACUCUCGGCUACAAUGACCAAGAAGUUGGCGAGAAAAAAAGGCCAGAUCAUGGACUGGAUCUAUCAGGACAAAGGGACUUCCUCGGCACACCUCCGGAGACAUACGAUCUCGAAGACCUCCCUAGACAAGUUCUUGAGAAACCUCGAACAUUCUACGCUGCCGAAAUUCUGGCAUCUGGUGAGCCUUUGAACGGGUUGGCGGCUCCUUCCGGACCUGAAAACGCCCAGUCGGAGAAAUAUAGGAAGAUCCUGUUAGGUCUCAAGCACGGGCUAAAAUGGGUUGAACAGCUGGAUCGGGAGGUGACCAAUCUUGGACAGCAGUGA